UUUUCAACACUGCACCACAGAAACACACAGUCAUUCCCCCACUCUUGAUUGUCUAUUCGCCCCACCCAAAUAAAAAACAAGAUCAUGGCUGAAAAACUCACACAAGCAAUCAUCCCUCGUUUUCAGUCUGGAGGCAAGAGUGACCUGAGCAGGAAGCAUAUGAUAUCCGAUGACAGCACGAUGGUGAGGCAGAUUCGGGAAACUCACAGUCCUGAGACUCACUAUCUAGAUGUCAAACCAAUUAUCCUGGUCAUUGAGGACAUCUUUCGAAGGACUGCUCCUGGCAUUGAUGCUAUGAUAAAUGGUACACAUAUAGAUGCAGGUGAUGAGAAGGGCAGCGUGUCUAGCGUUGAUGAAAUGCUUGAAGCACUGGCUCAUAUCAUACAUAAAAUUUCCUGUGAGAUGUUUUGCAAGUGCUCAGGGUCGGAUCUGCAUGCGUCUACUCUGGUGUUAUUCAAGAUGCUGUCAUACUAUCCAUGGGAAGCAAAAGUGGUUCUAGCCUUGGCUGCUUUUUCUGUAACUUAUGGCGAAUUCUGGCUUGUCACUCAGCUCUGCACUACAAAUCCACUAGCCAAGGCUGUUGCCCUUCUGAAGCAAGUCUCAGACAUGAUUGAGAAUUUGCGAGCCCUAAAGCCUCAACUUGAAGCAAUACACAAUCUCAUCAGUGCCAUCAUGAAGGUAACUAAACUAAUUGUCGAAUUCAAUGACCUGCCAACAGAGUACCUUUCACAAGACUCGGAGCAGUUAUCAGUUGGAAAAGCUCAUAUUCCUGCUGCAGCGUACUGGACCAUUCGAAGCAUCAUAGCAUGUGCUUGGCAUGUUGCUAGCCUUACAGAUUUCAGAUAUGAGCACAUUGCAUCAGCCUCAGAGCUUUGGGAAUUGUCAAGCUUGGCACAUAAGCUGGUCAGUAUACACGAUCUCCUAGCACUUGAACUGAACAAUUGCCGAAAAUAUAUAGCAAAGAUGCAACAUGAAGAGCACUACAAAAACCUCGUACGCCUUAUUGAGGGCACCACCCAUCUGGACAACAUGAAGAUCCUCAAGGCAUUACUCGCCCCUGCUGAAGAACAAACCCUUGUGUAUGGUUACUCCAAAGCAAAGGUUUCUGUUGAGGUAUUAAGGAGAAAGCAUGUGUUGCUGCUAAUAUCUGACUUUGAUAUCACCCAUGAAGAGCUUACAAUUCUCUCCAUUAUAUAUGAUAUGAGGAUGAAGCAAGAUCAACGAUACGAUACGAGCUCAAAAGACACUCCAUACGAGGUGGUGUGGAUCCCUAUGGUGGACAGAAUGACGAAUUGGCGUCCACAACGUGAACAAAAACUUUCAGAGUUACAAUCAAAGAUGCCAUGGUACUAUGUGGAAAACCCUGAUCUAAUCGAACCUCCAGUGAUUAAGUACAUCAGAGAGAGGUGGAAUUUCGAAAAGAAAAUAAUUUUAGUGGCAUUAGAUCCAUCGGGGAAGGUCACAUCCAAAAAUGCCACUCAUAUGAUGUGGAUCUGGGGGAAUUCGGCCUUGCCAUUCAGUCAAGACAGAGAGGAUACACUUUGGAGUGGAGAGCAAUGGUCACUCAAGCUACUCAUCGAUAGCAUUGAACCUGAAACGCAAACAUGGAUGAAUAGCAAUAAAUACAUAUGCUUGUACGGAGGCGACAAUAUUGAUUGGAUCAGACAAUUCACCACCCAAGCAAAAGUAGUAGCACAGGCUUUCGGCAUCGAGUUAGAACUACUCUACGUGGGAAAAAGCAAUGUACCGAAAGAGCGGAUUAACAAGAUCAAUGCAACCAUCCAAGCCGAAAAUCUCAGCCACAUCUGGCCAGAUUCCACUUCCAUCUGGUUCUUCUGGUCCCGGCUCGAGAGCAUGCGCUGUUCCAAGGUCCGAUACGGCAAGACCAUAGAAGACGACCCCAUAUUGAAAGAGGCCAUGAUUCUGCUCAGCUACGACGGCUCCGACCAGGGCUGGGCCUCACUCUGGCGUGGCUCAAACGAGAUGGCCCGAGCCAAUGGACAACUGGCUCUGAAGACCUUGAAUGAGUUUCAAAUCUGGGAGCCUGAGACUCGGGAGAUGACUUUGAUCCCGGCUUUAAAUGUGGAACUACAGAGGCGCCACUCGCCACAGCACUGCACGCGUCUCAUACUUCCAGGGAUUGGUCAGGACAUUCCUCCAAAGGUGGUUUGCACGGAGUGCGGCCGUGACAUGGAGAAGUUCUUCAUGUUCCGAUGCUGCACCGAUUGAGGGGUUCGUCUACGAACGAGAGUUUAUUACAGCUAGUUGUACUAGUUUACGUUGGUCUGUUGUUGCAUGUAUUGUAUUUUAAGUUUUAACUAUGUUUAAUUUGGUUUGGUUUGUUAAUGUUUUGAUGUGUGGUGCUCUUUCGACUAAGUUAUUGUUUGACUUUAAGGUAUAAUGUCAAUGGGACUCGUAGCUACCGUUUAGGAUAUCUACUGGGUCUCUCUUAAUCAAUACUCACUUCUCUUCUUUAGUUUAAGUUUGUUGUUUAAGAAACUUUUACUACGUUGGAGUCUGUAAGAUGUUACAAAUAAAAUAAUAUAGUGCCUUGGAUA